AUGUCUCGGCCCCGCUCAAUUUCCAUGAAACACGGCAGUGUGACCAAGCGCCUUGCGGGUUCGCGCUUCCGGGUGCUUAAUGAAGCGUUCUACACAGAGUCCUCCUUGCAAACACAGGAGCGACUCCGCAUGAACCCAGCUGAGUUCGUGGAUUAUCAUAAGGGAUAUCAAGAACAAGUGAGCAAGUGGGAAGUAAAUCCCAUUGCACUCUUUAUCGAUUUACUAGAGCGCGUUCUAGCUGGGGAUGCGGAGGGUGGAGAUGGGUCUGCAGCUACAGUAGGGACUCCAUCCGCGAACUCAGCAGGAAUCGGCUUAUUAGAUGCAGAGCUUGUUCAGAAUCUUCAAGACCUUGACGUACGACAUUCCGCCAAGCCUUCUAAAGCUAACAAGCACCAAAUUUUUCCCUCGUUUACUGGCCUCACUCGGGACGAUAUUAAGACGAUAGGUGACAUGGGUUGUGGUAAAGCUGCUCUAGCUCAGGCUAUAGUUCCUAAGUACUCUCCUGGUGUUGCUGUCCAUAGCUUCGAUCUUGUAGCACUCAACUCAUUCGUUACCGUGGCGAACAUUCGUGCACUGCCGUUGGAGCCACAUAGACUUGACCUAGCAAUAUAUUGCCUCAGUCUUAUGGGCUCCGAUUAUGUCUCCUUUAUCAAAGAAGCGUUCAGAGUGGUGAGGCCCGGCGGUGAGUUGUGGCUUGCUGAGGUCAAUAGUCGUAUUACAAAUACAAAGCACUUGAUAGAACUGUUCUCUGCUUGCAGUUUUCGCAAGAUAAAGGUGAUCCCAUUUACUCACUUCACGCUGAUUAGCUUCAGGCGCCUUGAAGAUCUCGAAGAGGGCCACCCGAGUGAGAAGAAACGUGCAGAUAUCACGAAGUACGAAAAGUGUCUUACUCCUUGUACAUAUAAGAAGAGAUAG